CCCCCAACUCGUACCGCCUCGCGGCCCCGCCCCUUCCUCUGACCUUCCCAUUCGUUCUCAGGGGAGGGGAACCCUACAGGACUAGUUGAGUUUUACGCCACUGCGGGCGGUGCUGCCGGAAAGCGUCUGGGUUUGCGGCAGAAGGUAUGUGCAUUUAUACAUAUGAAGACAGUGGAUAUUUUCAAUGACAAAUGAAAAUGGCUAACCCAUUAAGAGGAGAAGUUUUAACUCUUUAUAAAAAUCUGCUGUAUGUCGGAAGAGAAUAUCCAAAGGGAGCAGACUACUUUAAAAGACGUUUGAAAGCAGCUUUCCUUAAAAACAAAGAUGUGAAGGACCCAGAGAAGAUCAAAGAACUUAUUGCACGAGGAGAAUUUGUAAUAAAAGAGCUAGAAGCCUUGUACUUCCUUAGAAAAUACAGAGCUAUGAAGCAACGCUACCACUUAGAGGAUGACAAAACUAAGUGAUUUUUUUUUAAUUGUUGCAAAUGUAGGUUACUGCUUAGGCUGUCUGAGCAAUAAUUGGUGGCAUUUCUUUAUAUGUAAAUCAAAUAUUGCAUAAUGACUCUGAUGCAUAGGAUGUACACAAAAAUGCUCAGAAUACCAGAACUGCCUUCCUCAACUUUAAAAAUUAUUUUAAUAGAUUUCAACUAAUAUGGCUAUAAAUUGAUACUGAAAGCUUACUCAGCCAAUACUUGUGUCCUUGUUUUUUUUUUUUAAUAAUAGCAUCUGUACACUGAUUUAGGAAAAAAUUCAUUGCUCAAUUUACUGAAUAUGAACUUUAAAUUCCUAUCAUUAAUCAAUAUUGAAAAUUUUUCAUGAAAAUGUUCACUGGGCCUUAAAAUAAUUUUAGAUGGAGUGGUUUUGGAUAUGUAUCUUAGUCAAAGAUGGUAUUUGCAUUGCAAAUAAAUUUAAGGUAUUAGGAUCUAGGUUUUAAUUCA